AUGUCGUACCUGUUGCCGCACUUGCACUCGGGAUGGGCGGUGGAUCAGGCGAUCCUCGCCGAGGAGGAGCGACUCGUCGUCAUCCGUUUCGGGCAUGACUGGGACGAGACCUGUAUGCAGGUGGGUUUUACCAUCACCUUCGAUUCUUGAUCUGCUUUGUAGCUUCGUGCCGCCCUAGGGCCGUCUUCUAUUAGCUGUUCCAUCCGUGUUCUUCUGGAACCCUUCGAUCUCGAGUUCUUCGUCCGCGCUUCGGCCUUUACGUCCCGAAUCUUACCGGUGUAGCUGACGAACUUUAGGGGUUUUCUCGCACCGGGCAGUAGAGUGACGGAAUAGGGCUUUUUUUUUUGCGGAGAGAUGAAGAUCAAAGAACCGAGUGUCGCAGGAAUCGCUUCUCUGGUGUUUGGUUGAUUGCCUUCGCUGUUUUUGCCGGAGCAAUGAUCGUUUCGAGCGAGUUGACCUGUGCUUGUGGUCUGCUGUAUGGGGCUCAACUUCCGUUUCGGAAAGGAAUCAGCUCUCAAAAUCACAUAGAAAGAUAGAAAUUUCUAUGUCAUUUUUCCCAAAAUCACAUAGAAACAUCGACCACUAAAUUUCUAUGUCAUAUUUGUCAUGAGAAAUCUGAUGCGGAGAACAACUGUGGCUCUAUUACUACUACUAAUAAAAUAUUUAUUAUAUUUAAUAGUAGUAUGACGGCAGCGUGGGAUCUGCUUUCCUCAGAGUUUAGUAGAAAGCCAGUCUAAAUACCACUGCUGUAGAAUUGAGGACAGACGGAUUACAGUCUCAGCCUUCAUUGGCAUUGAGCUACCUCAUCGAUCCUAAAAAAGAAAUGGAUACCCACCUCAUAUUUUAUUUUUAGUAAAGUCACCAUUGAUUAUCUCGUCCUUGGUGACUGGUACCUCAUAUUUUUGGCAUAUAAUGCUCGGUUUAGUGAUUAUCUUGUACCUAAUGGAAAAGAAUAUCAUGUAGUGGAGCAUGAUGAUUGUGGAGCCUGUUUGACUUUUUUAUUUGAUUUAAUUUACCAUCCGGCAAGGUGUGAAUUUUAGUUGGCGUUGAUCAAUCUAAUCUGUGGAUAUUCUGAUUUUUCUUGUCUGAUUUCUUGUUGAGCCUUGAUUUUCUGAUGGGUAGUCUCCAUUUCCUUUCUUCUGACUAAAUUUCUUCUUUGGAGAAUGCCCAUCUUAUUUCUUUCCUAGCCACACUGGGACAGCACAUGGAUUUCAGUUGCCGUCCAUCAAGAAAACUCGUGGGCACUCCCAUUCCUAUCCGAUUUUCGAUUGAAGCUCGAAUCUUCUGUCGCAUAGCCUGAGAAAAUCCUUGGCUUUGACUAAAUUUCCAAUUUUGGAUAAAACGGCCGUCUAGGUAUUGUUUUUAUGCACUUUGGAUAAAAAGCUGACAAAUCAGAAAGCUGGUCUGUCAGCUUCCUUAUCUGGCAAGAAAAGCCCAUCUAGUUUUGGUUUCUAACGAGUUUGUGGCCGUAGAUGGACGAGGUUUUGGCUUCUGUGGCGGAGACGAUAAAGAACUUCGCCGUCAUAUACCUCGUUGACAUAACUGAGGUGCCCGACUUCAACACGAUGUACGAGCUCUACGACCCGUCCACGGUGAUGUUCUUCUUCCGCAACAAGCACAUCAUGAUCGAUCUCGGAACCGGUAACAACAACAAGAUCAACUGGGCGCUGAAGGAUAAGCAGGAGUUCAUCGACAUCAUCGAGACCGUCUACCGAGGAGCCCGGAAGGGCCGCGGGCUGGUGAUCGCUCCCAAGGAUUACUCCACCAAGUACCGCUACUGA